AUGGAUCCAGAAACUCUCGUGACCUUUCUCUUCCGCGCUCCACCUCACAUUCGUACAGUCGAACUUCUAGGAUCCUGGGAUAAUUUCACUCACACUUACCGCAUGCACCAUGAUCGUCGACGAGGGACGGGCUUCUGGAGCGGAUGCUUCAAGUUUGAGAACAUUGUCUUCGACGGCGACAGCCCGAAACCGAAUUGGUCUCGGCCCCGAUCUGGAGGAUUAAAGCAAGGUGGUACUUACUGGUACUACUAUCGCUUGGACUUCGACAUCGAGGCGUACGACGACUCGAGACGAUGUACAGCGGAUUGCCCGUUGAUGCCAGGCCAGAUGAUGAAUAUGAUUGAGGUUCCCACUGAAAUGUUGUCGCCGCCUAGUCGAUGUCGCAGUGCUUGUGGCGAGGGCAUUGCUGGGACUUUGGCUGCGAUGACCAGUAUGCGGCCUCGUCAGACGCUGGAGCCGGGUGAUAAAUUUGCGGCGUUAAGGCCACCACCCGUGAGCAAGGUGCAUGGGAGAUGUAUCUCUGAUAUGGCUCUCAACGGGAGGCUAGAAAGACCGGCGGUGUCCAGGAGGAGUUCUAUCAUUUCGCCACCUGCUUCACGGGAUCGAGAGGAAGCAACUGGCGAAUCGCCGGACGAUCGACCCUCGAAGCGAAGGCGAUCCAGUGAUCGUAAGGCGUCUCAAUGCACCGUCAGCACGCAUGCGGAACAGAGCUGUCGCUACGGGUCCAUUGUGGACGGCUAUGCCACCAAGUUACCUCUCGUCGAAGCCGUCCACCCGAACCCGUUGGCUUCCUCGCCCGUAAACCAGGAUGUGCGCAACGAGCUGCAGAGAGGUUUGCACCAAUUCAAUUUUGGCUUUGGCGAGAAGGCGAUUGCAAAGCAGGAAGCAAGAGACCAGAGCCCGAGUAGUCCCUGCGCUCGUCGUGAUUCCGUCUCAAGCUACGAUAGUCGCGGGUCGAGCUCUCCAAGCAGCACGAGAUCCUGUCCUGCUCAGCAACAAACCUGGUGCUCUUCCCAUAAUGCAGUAGAUACCCACGCUGCAGACGACGGCACGACCAUGUCACCCGAUCCUUCAUUGCCACUGAGCCACGAAAUCGAGCCAUCAUCUGACUCUGGAGAAGAGCUCUGGUCGCCCACCUUCAGUGCAGACACUGUGAGCUCCAAUGGCGGCCUUGACACCCCCUUCCGUCUGAGUGGAGGCUACUCGCACGGCAUGGAGGGAUCUUCACCCGAAGACCUGGACCACAACACCCAGAACAUGAACGACGUGACCGAGCGACUAAAGACCCUGGAUACGAGUACCAAAGCCGAGAGUUUGGCCAACCUCGGAUUGCUACCAGAGCAGCCAGCGCUCGAACUCGCAGGUUUGGACAGCUGCAUCUUCCCACUCCCACCACCAGCAGCAGCAGCAGCAGCGCCCGGCCGUGCACAAACCGACACAAAUCUCAGCCGUAAACUUUUCGAUCCCCCUAUUGCGCUCCACCACGCAGGCCUACCGAGUCUAGGUUUCGACUUCAGCCGCAAAGCCGCCACGGAAGCUGCGAGCAGUCUGACGCUCUCCGUGACGAAUAUGGAGGAUUUGUUCAGUGAGCUGGGAUACUUGGGUGGCUGCAUCAACUAA